CGAAUGCAUUCAUGGAAACAGUAUUAUAGGGCACAACGGUGAAGUCAUUAAGAAGCUUACAGACGUUCGGACAGAUUAGGUUUUUCUCUUCUAAUCCCUCAGAUUAGCGCCGAACAAGCCUGCUGCCUGAGAGUGUUUUGUCGUUCUGCCCUGUUUCUUUACAUUGAUCUUUUUUUGUGGUUGUCUUUGCAGCAUAACUUGAGGAUGUGGUGGACACUGACAAGGGAAAAAGGAGGUCAAAGUGCAUUCUGACUGCAAACUUUUAAAAAUUUUGGGAUGGCGUCUGGAAUAAUGAGAUGAUCAUGGAAAUGAUCUAAUGCUUUUGAAGGGGUGUAAGCGACAACUUGACUUACAUCUGAGAGGGUCAUCUGAUUCCAGAGACUGCCGAUGGUGUCUACCUCUCUCUGAAAGAGGAAAUGGAACCAGAGCCUUGUUGUGAGGAGCACAAGGUGGUGGACCAUCCGAUGAGAGACGUCACAGCGGAGCUCGCAGACCACGGCGUACACGGCGAGCUGCCCUGUGGUUCCGCCGAGGGAUGCGAUGAGCUGCGUACCAGCAACGUGGGGCAUGAAGAAGACAGUAAGAACAGUAAGACCAGAUGCUCCACUGAUCCUGAAGGAAAAGGCUUGAGGACGCCAAGAUGCCAAGAACGGCCGAAUUUGAAAAAGACAAACAGCUGGAAGAUGGUGCGAUUCCAAGACCCGUCCUUGGAGGAUGAUAUGCUGGAGAGGGACAGUUCAGGGGAGAGUCUCUUUCCAGAACAUGCCGUGGAGGAGUGGACCACGACCUCCUUUGAGGAGCUGUUCAUGAAAGAAGACUGGAAGGACAUAACAGAUGACCGACUCUUGAGGAAGAAGGUUUUGGAGGUGGCAAUUCCCGACGCCCAGAGGCCCACCUGGGGCCAGGAAGUCACAGUGAAGAUGCAGGGUGUCUUGGAGGACCGUACUGUGGUGGAGAAGGACUGCAAGUUGGUGUUUGUUAUUGGUGAAGGAGACACAAGCCAGGCGCUGGAGGAGUGUGUGCUUUCCAUGCACAGGGGCGAGAUCGCAUUACUGCUGGCAGAUUCACAGUACACAUAUGGGCUUCUGGGAAGGGAGCCUGACAUCCCGGCCUGGGCGCCUCUGCUCUACCAGCUGCAGCUGCUGGACGUCAGAGACAAACCAGACCCGUUAAAUUUGCUCGUAUCAGAUCGCAUCCGGAUCGGCAACCAGAAGCGAGAACGAGGGAACUUUCAUUUCCAGAGGGAGGAGUACAGCAUGGCUGCACGGGCAUACUGCCUGGCUCUGGAUGUGCUGACCACCUGCAGCACAGGUGGCGGUGUGAAGCAGGAGGAGGACCAGGAGGUGCACGACUACAGAGUCAAGUGUUUGAACAACUUGGCCACGGCUCAGCUCAGACUGGAGCAGAACACCAAGGCGCUUAGCACCAGCAGAGAAGUUCUGGCCCUUGACUCCAACAACGUCAAGGCCCUCUUCAGGGCGGGAAAGAUUCUAUCUGACAUGAGAAAAUACACAGAGGCCAUGGAGCUGCUCAAGAAGGCCUUGAAACUGGAGCCCACCACCAAGGCCAUCCACGCAGAGUUGUCCAAACUGGUGCAGAGGCAGUCAGGAGGCAAAGCCACGCGGGACUGGAAAGUGAAACCCGCAGAGGUUCUGGGAGACAACAUUGCACCUUUUGUGCUUCCCUCCAAGAAGCAAACAUCAGUGAGGAGAAAAGUGGAACUUCAAAGUUCUUCUUCCUCACUUCAAAUAACUUGUCCUGUCUUUCAGGGGAUCUCCUGGAAGUUGAUUCUUGGAGCUCUGGUGGUGGCUUUGGGCAGCUUAGUGACGUCACUUGUCCUCACUGCAAGCAACUGAUCAUCAUCUUCUUUCCUCUGUAUUAUAUACAAACAAUUACCAGCCACAACAUUAGGUACACCUGCACUUGAUGUAUCAUGUUUUAGCUGGUGGAAUAAAUGUAUAAGUGAUAUGAAAACCAAUGUCAAAUAAUUACCAUUCUAGAACCUUCUCAGUGGAUUUGUUAGAAUAAUGUAAAGUUUUGGGGUUUUUUUGCUAAAAUUGAAAAUGGAAAAAAAAAUGAUUGAAAAAAAAUACUCAAUAAAAGUUCUCGACAAGUGAA